AUGGACGGAGAAGAUUGGAUCUCGCAAUCUUUUGUCUUCCUUCGAUUCGACUUUCUUGGAUGAGCUAGCUGCUUCGUGCAGAGGACAUGUUUUGGCGAGGGACUCACGUCGUCGCCGCGAGGUUGCCAGCAACAAUGCUUUCUUUAGCAAACCCUGCCUGCCUUGCUAAGAGAGGAGAGAGAAAGACCAUGUCUCCCUCAACCUCCGGCGACCUCUCCUCUCUCUCCACCACCUCCUCCCUCCACCAUCCUCUCCCCUCCCACCACCCUUCGCAUGCCUCACAAACUAACCACUAUUGAGGCAUCGACCUUGAUCGCAAGCUCGUAGGCCGCCGCGGCAAGAAAUGGAUAGGAUCCCCAUCGCGCCGCUCAAGUCCAGCAGCUUCUCGGCGGCCACCACCCGGGAGGACAGGCUCGCCCGCAACCUCUCGCUCGGCCCCAUCAAGCUCACCGAGCCCGUCAAGGAGGCGCGCGUCGAGAAGGCCGACAGCAAUAAUGCCGGCGGCGGGGACGCGGCGGGCGGCGGCGAGGACGGCGCGCCGGACGAGGCCACCACCGAGCCGGACUUCGCCACGCUGUCGGCGGAGAUCGACGCGUUUCUCGCCGCCCGCAGGGCCGGCGAGUCGCCGCCGCCCGUGUCGGAGGUGACGCUGGACAGGUUCGCCAGCGCCGUGGAGCAGGAGAUCGCGCCGUCGGAGGGGACCGAGGACAAGUGGGUGCCCGAGGCGCCCGGCGAGGCGCCGCCGCUGCUAGCGGCGAUCAAGCGCAUCGCGGCGCUCUCGUCGGCGCUGACCGAGACCCAGCAGGCGGACAGGUACACCAUCGGUGUGCACCGCGUGACGGGCGUGCUCCACCGCGCCAUGACGUUCGUGGAGGACGAGUUCCACGCGCUGCUCGAGGACCCCCGCGUGGCCAAGGCGGUGCCCGGCGGCGGCGGCGACACCGGCAGCGCCACGGGGCGGUCGUCGAUGCGCCGGCCGCCGUCGUUCGGGCACGGCGCGGAGCCCGACCGCUGCGUGAUCCCCUCGGCGGACGGCGGCGGCGCUGGCGGGGAGGCCUCCCCGCCGUUCCCGCCGGAGACCGUGGAGCGGCUGCGCGCCAUGGCGGAGGCCAUGCUCGCGGCGGGGUACGCCACCGAGUGCGCCGAGGUGUUCCUGGUGGCGCGGCGGAACGCGCUGGACGCGUCGCUGCAGAGCCUGGGCUACGACAAGCCCAGCAUCGACGACGUGGUGCGGAUGCCGUGGGAGGCGCUGGAGCUGGAGGUGGCCACGUGGAUCAAGGCGUUCCACCACACCGUCGAGGUCGGGCUCCCCGGCGAGCGCGACCUCUGCGCGCGCGUCUUCGCCGUCGAGGGCGGCGAGGGCCUCGGGCGCGGCAUCUUCGCGGACCUGGCGCGCUGCACCAUGCUGCACCUGCUCAACUUCACGGAGGCCGUGGCGCUUCAGAAGCGCGCCGCCGAGAAGCUGUUCAAGGUGCUCGACAUGUACGAGGUGAUCCGCGACGUGGCGCCCGCCGUGGACGCGCUCGGCGCCGGCGGCGAGGAGGAGGCCGGCUCCGGCACCCUGGCCGACCUCAGGUACGAGCUGGCGUCGGUGCGGUCCCGCCUGGGCGAGUCGGCGGCGGCCAUCUUCUGCGACCUGGAGAGCUCGAUCCGCGCGGACGCCGGGAAGCAGCCGGUCCCCGGAGGCGCCGUGCACCCGCUGACCCGGUACCUGAUGAACUACCUCAAGUACGUGUGUGCGUACAAGAACACCCUGGAGCAGGUGUUCCAGGAGUACCGGCGCCCCGACGACGACGAGCAGCCGCACGGCGAGGGCGGCGCCGGCGCCGGCGACCCGUUCGCGGCGCAGCUGAUGGAGGUGAUGGAGCUGCUGCACGGGAACCUGGAGGCCAAGUCGCGGCUGUACAAGGACCCGUCGCUGAGCAGCAUCUUCCUGAUGAACAACGGGCGGUACAUGCUGCAGAAGAUCCGGGGCUCGCCGGAGAUCAACGCGGUGGUCGGCGAGGCGUGGUCGCGGAAGCGGUCGACGGACCUGCGGCAGUACCACAAGAACUACCAGCGGGAGACGUGGAGCCGCGUGCUCAACCUGCUCCGGGACGACGGCGUGAUCACCGUGAAGGGGCACGUGCAGAAGCAGGUGCUCAAGGACCGGUUCAAGCAGUUCAACGCCGCCAUGGACGAGAUCCAGCGGACGCAGGGGGCGUGGGUGGUCAGCGACGAGCAGCUGCAGUCGGAGCUCAGGGUCUCCAUCGCCGCCGUCAUCGUGCCGGCCUACCGCUCCUUCCUCGGCCGCUUCGCGCAACAUUUCACCGCGGGGAGGCAGACGGAGAAGUACGUCAAGCUCAGCGGCGAGGACCUCGAGGCCAUCAUCGAGGAGCUCUUCGACGGCAACGCCGUCUCCAUGCCCAGGAGAAGGAUGUAAUAAUGUAAUAAUAUGCAUACCAUACAUAUAGUAAUUUGAUUUAAGCAAUUAUAUAUCAUUACUGUAUUUUAUUUUUCUGUUUUAAUUUUGAUCGUUCAUGAGAGCGUUGGUGGAACAGUACAGAUGAUGUUGUAAUCCUAUACUUUAAAAACUCACUGCAUUGAUGUACGUUGCUAAUCAAUGCCUGUUCAUAUGUGCUAA